CAACUCACUCAUGCAUCAGAUUUCAGAUGAUUAAAGUUUUUAAAAGCAUCUUUUUUGUAUUUCUUUGAAAGAAUAAUCUUUGUCUUUCCUCCAGGACUCAUAAAAUUCAGAAAAUUCACCGUGUAAUGCCUGAGAAACUGAGGCAAGAUAGAUUAGAGAAUUUUUAAUAUUUUAUUUGAAAGGGAGAGAUUUACUGGGACCAAAUGGAUCUAUGGUUUGGUCCCAGGGCUGAAUGAGACUAUCGGCUCCAAGAAUCCAGCAAACAAUGUGGAUUCUCAAUGACAUAUAUAUACACAUGGCUGAGAUAAAGGGGGUAGAUGGAGGCAGGGGUGAGUCAGAGCACUGAGAGCGGGAACUAACAAUCCAGUUCUGAUAGAGGUGGGGGGCAGACAUGGGGGAUAUCUGAUAAAUUACAGAAUGGGGAGAGGAACUCAACAUUCUAAAGAUGCCUAAAAUGACCAGCAGGAUGAAUACAGAGAGGACUGGUGAGACUUACAUGAACUGAUGCUGAGUGAAAUGAGCAGAACCAGGAGAUCAUUAUAUACCUCAACAACGAUACUGUUUGAGGAUGUAUUCUGAUGGAAGUGGAUCUCUUCGAUAAAGAGAGCCUUAAUUGAUCAAAGAUGGACAGAAGCAGCUACACCCAGAGAAAGAACACUGGGAAAUGAAUAUAAACUGCUUGCAUUUUUGUUUUUCUUCCCGGGUUAUUUAUAACUUCUGAAUUCAAUUCUCCCUGUGCAACAAGAAAACUGUUCGGUUCUGCACACGUAUAUUGUAUCCAGGAUAUACUGCAACCCAUUCAACAUGUAAGGGACUGCUUGCCAUCUGGGGGAAGGGGUGGAGGGAGGGAGGGGAAAAAUCGAAACAGAAGUGAAUGCAAGGGAUAAUGCUGUAAAAAAUUACCCUGGCAUGCGUUCUAUCAAUAAAAACUUAUUUAAAAAAAUAAAAUAAAAAAUAAAGAUGCCUAAGAUAGGUCUUUCUCCUUAUCUGGAUAAUCAAGAUUAGGAGGGAGGGAUGGUUGAGCAGAACAAAUAGAAACCGAGGCAGAAGGCAAGACAAUUAGGGAAACCGCGUUAGGACAAUAAAGGAGAGCUGUGGCACAACAUUCGUAGUGAAAUUCCUUAGACGUUUCUUAGAAUUUGCUUUAUGAAGUUUUUGUUUGUGUGUUUGUAUCACCACAAUUAAAACUACUUUCCCCAAGGAAGAUUUCUCCUCAUCUUCUUCAUAGAUUCUUAUGGAUCACAGGUAAAAUACAUGUACUUCCCUGACUCCAUACUUGAUAUCAAGCUAUUUUCUCAAUUGACUUUUAAAAACUGUGAAUUCAUAACUGCUUCCUUUUCUCCACAUCGUUAGGUUUUAGAGUUAGUUUCUGCAGUCUUUGUAGAAGUUCCACUGGAAACAAGGCUAACAGUAUUAUAACAUUUAGAGUUGGAAGAGGCCUUAUAAAAUCAUUUCUGAGAUAACUGUAGACAGACAGGGUAGUGCUAGACAAACAUGGAGAGAGAGAAGAGAGUGGUGUCUAUGCGAGGCAACAUGAAAUGGGAUAGAGGAGUAGGAAGGAAAUAAAGGUAGGAUGUUCCAGUGAACACAGACAACUGAGUUACUCACAGUCCCUUAAAGGCACACCAAAGCUCCUUUCCUAUCAACCCUGAUGCUGGGAAGACGUUCCUGAGGGACCUAGACUAAGUUAUAAAAGAGGUCGUGCAUAGUUAAACAUCUUCUAGUAGUACAUUUCAGGCUUUUUUCAUCUUGUUUCUAAAUCCCCUGAUCUUUCUCCAAAAAGUACACGUUCCAGUUGCUCUUCCCAUCACGUUAUGCAAUAUUACAAGUCUCCUACUAAAUGCGUAGCAGUAGCAAGGAAGAAGAGCGGGGGAUCUGGAAAUCAAGGAUACCAGACAGAAGCAGGGAAAGCCAGCCCUUCAACGAUAUGUAAAGUUAUAUAUCUUUGAAAUUACUGGCUUUCUCUGAAUCAACUAAAAGGCAGGAGAUCCCUCUGUCCCGGUACCGCCAAGCCCAUUCCUCGCUUCCUUUUCCCCUUCCUCUUCCCCUUCCCCUGUGUCCACGUGCACUGCACUGCCCUAUCAACUUGGCCUGUUCUUGGAAUCUUUUUCCUUGUACCCAAUCAGUAUGCCCUUAUUAUUGUCCUCCUUUACCAAUAGGAGGUCCUCCCAUGCGCCCGCCUCUAAAAGACACAGCCUACCGGGGCUCCUAGUCCAUCGGAAAGACAAUUUCAUAGGCUCUGGUAGAUCCUGGCUCCUCCCCUUGGACUUAUCAUGGAGCCUGCUCCGGGGCAGCCUGGGUUGGAGUCCGGAACCCCACUUUCCGGAUGCUCCCGGAACUCUCAGUUUAGACCUAAACCCGGAAAGCAAUCCUCUCUUCCGCCCCUGGACCUCGGAUCGGGUGAGAACGCUGAUGAGAAGCCCGGAGUGGGCGGGCGCGCUCAACUGGGAGGGACCCGGAAGACACCGAGGCAGCCAGCCUAUGAAACAUCUAGGCCCUGUGGAACUCCACCUAGAGCCGGGGUCGGCUGGUGCUCCGGUGGAUCAGUGAGCCCUCGACCCUUAGGCCGACCCUUCUCUGUUCCCCAAGGGACGAAGUUGUCUCUUGGAGGCAGUGCCCCCUGGGGUACCCCGAGAAAAAGCCGGAUGAACCCAGAAGGGGAGGAAGAGGAAGAAGAGUGCGAGCCCGAAAAAGGGGGCCGUCUGUUCGCCGGACGCCUUCUGGACAGCCGUAGCCUAGAUGGACUGAGUGGAGCUUGCGGAGGCGGGGCAGCUCCGCUCGGGGGCCCGGAGCAGGGAGCUGGUGGGGGCCGCCGGGCCACCAUUUCCAGCGCCCUCGAGCUGGAGGGCACGGUCAGUCGGCACGGAGACCUCACCCACUUCGUGGCCAACAACCUGCAGCUCAAGAUCCGCCUGAGCGGGAAUCCGCAGCCACAGACGCCACUCUCGGCCCGGCCAGCGCCGGUCCCCGUAUCAUCCAUCCCGCCAAUAGAUCCGGAGGUGCUGCGAGACCUGGAGCGGCUAAGCCGGGACCUGGGUGCCCGCGUGGAACGGCUGCUUCGCGGGCUCGGCGGCGCAGUGCAGGAGCUGACGGCACUGAGCGUGGGUUGCAUCCAGACCUAUAGAGACGCUGUGGACUCUCUGGGAGAAGCAGUGGAUAUGAGCAUCAAGGGCAUGUACACGCUGCUGGCCAGAUGCGAGGAGCUGGAGAGGGCUCUGCAACCAGUUCAAGGACUGGCCCGACAAGUCCGGGACAUCCGGCGCACCCUGGAAGUGCUGGAAGCUCUCUGCAAAUGACAGACUGGAGAGGGUUGGGAGUACUCUCACACUCAGGGAAGGGGUGAUUUGGUGUGUAUGCUGGUGGGAUGAGACCACCGGUAUCUUGUUUCUAGUUUUGUAUCCCCAGCCUGAAACCUUUAGGGAGAACAUGUGAAUUGCCAGGGGGAAAGGAAAGAAAUCCCUCCCCCACCUUCUUACUUGUGUCAGUGAGUCUCCUCCCAUUCUAUGAGAUUUCUUGGCUGUGCGGAUAAGAGCCUCUUACAAAUGUGUUGUCCAGGCAAGCUUUCUUGUCGAGAGAAGGGGCGGUGUCUUCAUAAGAGAUUUAGGUCCUUUUAAGAGGGUAGAGUCACUCUUGUCCUGUCCUGUCCCUAAUAGCUACACCUACCAAAUCCCUACCUGAGACACAAGAAGUGUUUUCGGACCAGGUUUGAAUAUUAAAAGAAAGGACUUCAGCUCCAGCUGUGACCACCAUAUUGUGGCAUCUGCUACUGGAGAGCUAACUGAUAGCUGGUGGAAAGUGUCGUCAAACUUUACUAAUGGCAAAGAAUGCCCCAGUCUUUCCCCAGUUCCCCAAAAUUUUGUCUUCACCCACAUAAGGUGUGCUUCUAGUAUGGGUGAAGAGAAGGAGCUUAGUAUACUAAGUUUUGAAUAUUUCAGUUCCUGAAGGGAGUAAGAUAGCUUCAUUCAUUGUAGGAUUCGUAAAAGAAUUGUUGAUAGUUUUGAAACUGUUGUGGAUCUGAUCUUGGCCUAUUAACCAACAUUUUUGACUUUCUGAGUUGUGUGGAAUUAAAAUGCUGCUACUGCUAACUAUGA